AUGCCGAUUGAAUUAUAUUUUCGCUUCCAUUUCCCCAACAAAGGUUUUAUAGUGGCCCUUGGAAUCAACUUCAGGAGACGUGCAAAUCUUGUCGGAGCUGUGCACAUUUUAGACGUUUCUACGAGGUCGAUCGCGCGCCGGUGUCACGUGGUUGGCGACGACGCCGCAUUCUGGGUCAAUUGGCAAACAGCUGACGACACCGCAAUAAGCCGGCCCUAUGAAGCAACCGUGAGCGCAGUCUCGAUUGACGCUCGGCGGGGCUUGCAGCUAGCCGUGCACCGUUCAGGGUCGCCAGGUCAAACAGGGGACUACAGAAUCCAACUGAAGCGCGUCCAAACGAUGGAGAGCGUGUCGAUGCCGACGUCGAAGUCGACGUGCCGACAGAUGCGACGCGCCGGGCGAAACGUCGCAUCGGGCACGAACCGAGCGGCCAGGCCACUCUAUACCGCCGCCGCGCCCCGUAACGAUCACGACGGUCGGCGCUACAAU